AUGCGGUUCGGAUCCAUCUUUGCUUGUACGGCCGCCGUGCUCAACCUGGCGGCUCCAGCCGUCGCAGAAUCCGACCCUCACUUUUGCAAAGUUUCAGUGUACUACCAAGAUGAAAACACGCCCAGGUAUCAAAGCACCAAGAAGUUUGCCGUCCCUCCCGCCAAGGUGCCUAUCCUGGUCGGCUCCAGGAUGCACGAGGUCACGGUCGACAAGGCGUGCAAAAGAACGGGCUGGAACGGCUGGUUUGGACUGCCCCGCGGCUACACGAUUGAGACCGAGGGCUGGCGGUUGAAAGGUGCGCCGGAGGAGAAUGAAAUUCUGAGUCUGGUCUUGCAAUUAAAUGAGGGCGUCCUCAGACUUUCGUCAGGAAUAGCCACGAGGUCAUAG